AAUAUUACAAGCUUUCAAAAAAAAAAUUCACAAUAUUACAAAGUAAAAAAAAAAAAAAAUCACAUGGCUGAAUUCACAGAAAAUUUUCAAAAUAUUAUUAGACCCUCUUUUCCUUUUCUUGAUUCUGAUCAAAGUAUGGAACUAUUGAAUCAAUUCAUGGAAAAUUCUUCAAACAUGAAUAUGAUGCAAAAUUUGAUGCCUUUUUCUUGUGACAGCAUCUUGGAACAUCAUCAACAACAACAGGAACAUGAGUUGUUUCCAAGAAACUUGGAAGAAAAUUUUCAUGGUCUUGUUCAUCAUCAUCAUCAUGUUAAUAAUCAUAAUCACAAUGCAGUUCAAGUUUCAUUUCCAAAUUUUCAAGAAGAAAAUAAAGUUCAUCAUGAUGGAAAAAAGAGAAAAAUGAUGGAUUUUCAAGAAACUAGUUCUGCAAAUUCAACUCCUGCAGUUUCUGAGAGUGGAAGCAAAACCAAACAUAGUGGUGGAAGAGGAAAAAGACUGAAAAGCUAUGAAACAGAAGAUCAAGAGAAAGCAAAGGAAGUUGUUCAUGUUAGAGCAAGAAGAGGUCAAGCUACUGAUAGUCACAGUUUAGCAGAAAGGGUUAGAAGAGGGAAAAUCAAUGAGAAAUUGAGGUGCUUGCAGAAUAUUGUUCCUGGAUGUUACAAGACCAUGGGAAUGGCAGUAAUGUUGGAUGAAAUCAUAAACUAUGUUCAGUCUUUGCAGCAUCAAGUAGAGUUUCUUUCUUUGAAGCUUACUGCAGCAAGCACUUAUUAUGACUUCAAUUCAGAGACAGAUGAUUUAGAAACAAUGCAGAGAGCAAGGGCAUCUGAGGCAAAAGAAUUAGCAAGGUAUAAGAGAGAAGAAUAUGGAGGAAUUUCAUGCUUUCAACCAACAUGGCCCCUUUGACUUCAAUUUUGGAUGUUAUAACUUCAACAGCCAUAUAUAUACAAGACAAGAAAAAAAAGAAAAAAAAAAGUUUAAUUUGCUCAUUUACUUUCUACAAAGUUUAAAAGAUAAAUUUGUUUCCACUUUAUGCUUUCAUGCACACAAGUGGACAUUCUUGUUUCAAAGAUGUGUAAAAAUCAAAUGGAAGUUAAUAAUAGGUAACCUAAAUUUUAUUAUAUAUUUUAGUGAAACUUGAUUGGAA